CUCUGGCUCAGUGGCAAUUCAUGGCAAGGUGAAUACGAAUCACAGCAGCCGCUCAACCAAAACGAGACGAUGUGCACCAACAUCACGUUCGGACUGCCGUUCGACGCCGACAAGUACGAGGACGCUCUGCGCGGCCUCAAUCUUAGUAGCAGCCACCGCACUCGUGUGGCCAUCGCUUGUGCGGUGUAUCAGGACGUCGGCAUUUAUCUGCUGGAAGCCGUUCUGUCUGCAGUGGACAGCCAUGUGGGCACCAACAUCUUCAAGGCGUGCUUAAAGGAGUCGCUGAAGGGCAAGCUGGUGCUGCUAGUGGCGCACUCGCUGAGCUUCAUCGUUCAAGAAGCUGAUGAUGGUGUCGAAUAG